CAUGGCUACACGUUCGUGCUUGAAAGUUCUAGUCAUUGAUCAAACAUCAGGUUCCUGGAUUCAAAAAGAAAACAAUCGCCAUGUCUGAAGUUUCGGAUGUGGAUAUGGGAGCUCUCCAGGCAGGACUGGGCGGAAUCACAUGGUGGGGCUUUAGCCCAACGACGGGCGUUCUCUCGGACUUGCCGAAAGAUGAGGGAUGCAACCACGUUCUUUUGGUGGGAUCAGGCGAUGGCCGACACAUCUUGGACUUCUUGCUGGGGCCAGAUUCGGACUCUGGUCAGGUGAACUUUUACGUGUUGGAACAAAACGUGGCCUUGUAUGCACGUCAGUUACUUUUUCUGGCCAUAUGGAGGCACGCAGAGGCCUCUGAUAAGGCCAAAAUAUUCAUGGAAACCUUCGGCAAUCUCCGUGUCUCAUCCAAGACCGCUCAUGCUAUUCGUAGCUGGAGUGCAAAACUGGAACAAUGGGUCCAUGAGAGACCAACAGGGGACACAAAUGGCUCCUUCUUAUCGGGCGUGGCUCUGGGAAAACUGAAAUCUAAAGAACGUGAUGAUCUAGCAGAUGUCUUCAAACAUUGGAAACAGUUCCCCACCGAAUACGAAGAUGCAGCAUCUGGAUUUUGGGAGGAACGGACGCGACGACUCCUUUUGGAUCAAUUUGGAGCCAGGGAAGGUGUAAUAGAUAUGGAUUACCGUCUCCGUUUAGUGGAACGAGGAGGAUCUAUCAUAUCUUUGCUGGAGUACUCGGACUGGAGACUCUCGGGAAAUGCAUUCAUAUUUGACGAGGAAAAAGACCAAGGGGAGGAGAUGAACAAAACUCAAACCAAUCCGACCUUAAUCUCCAGUCUUUUGGUCAAGGAUCCAUCAAGCCGGAAGAAGGUUCCUCAAUACGGAUUCUGGGGGGAUAUUGUGACGGGGCCAUUUUUUUCCUUCGGCUACCCAAGCAGUACCCAACCACUCGCCUCUUCAAUAGAUUUGACCCAAACUAGAUUGAAGCGAACUGCCACCAGCAAAACACUCAAUUACUUUCAAUCCCGACUGGAUUCCCGUGCCACAUUGAGGACGGAGUCCUCGGCACCUCAACCACACACAAUCACUUUCCUUCCCGUUUCCAGCGGAGAAAAGGACCUCUUGGUCAAAAGCAAAUAUCAUCAGAAGUUCGACAAAAUCUUCAUCGGAUGCAGUGUGGCCCAUUUCUUGGACAAAGCUCUUUUUCUGAACUUGAAGAACUCACAAAGGGGAUCAGAAUUGGCCGUGGAAAGUCCUCGCUAUUUGUUGCAUUUGGCGUACGAGGUCGAGCAAAAGUUCAAGGAGCAACUAAUUUGUAUCUUGAAGGAAUACGAGGACACUCACAUUUGCCGUCUGGUUGACGGGGAGAACGAAGAGCAACAAUCACCAGCGGCUGUAAUACGAGUAAAGGUUGUGCCCAAGUAAAGCAAGCUCCACGCUCAGUAAAUCGUUCUUCUACAUACAUCAUACUAAGGACCAUAAGAAAUAUACAUGCGGCAUGAUAAGUUCCGUCUUCUGAAUUGUGCCGUUCAUUGAAGAGGUUGAAGCAAAAGGUAGGGUCGCUCAGAGCUCAUCCAAAUCGAUCUCCAUGGUCUUCACAGAUUCCUGGUGAUGAAUGGUUUUUGGAGCUGGACAUCCCUCGAUAGAGUCAUUCAAUGUGUCAAUGGGCUUGGUUUCGGGGACAAGAAACUGGACAAAGAUUGCACCCAUGGCACAGCAGCAGGCAUGGAACAAAAACAACCCAUUCAGACCCAUGGUUGAGGUCAUGGCAGGAAAUUGCUUCAAUAAGAUGAACACUGAUCCAUAACGAAACAGCAUCGCCAGCGAGUUCCCCAUGUUCCGAAUUGCAUCGGGCAAGAGCUCACCCAUCAUUGUGUAAGGCACUGAUCCGAUGCCGCAGCCAUAAAAGAAGCUGUACAAGCAAAUGCUGAUGGCAGGCAAAAACUGGAAAAGAUGGUUCGAAAAAUAUCUCAAAAUGGAAACAGAGACCAUUAGAAAACCCUAAGAGUCAUACAUCAACGAGUUGACAAGUUUACUUACCUGGAACAAUAAAAAGC